AUGGAGAGGAACUGGCUUGAAUGGAGGUUUGAAAAGGAGGAGAUUCUUCGAGUUGUCAAAGAGUUGGAAGGAGAUAAAGCUCCAGCUGACCUUUUUGGAAGUUUGAGGGGAUUGAGACAAGGGGACCCGCUUUCGCCUAUGUUGUUUCUGGUUAUGAUGGAGGUCUUUAGUAGGAUGAUGAAAAGAGUUGAAGGGGCUGGUUUACUUCGAGGUUUUAGGGCUGAUGGUAGACGGGGUGGAGAGGCCGUGACAGGUUUAAGGGUUAAUGCUUUGAAGAAUGAGAUGGUUUCCAUAUGGGAGGUUCCUAAUGUCCAUGUCUUGGUAGAGAUUUUGGGUUGUCAGAUUGGAUCUUUGCCUAUGACUUAUCUUGGUAUGGCAUUGGGGGCGUCCCACAAGUCACCUACUAUUUGGAAUUCUAUUUUGGAGAAACUUGAGCGUAAGUUGGCUGGGUGGAAGAAGAUGUACCUGUCAAAAGGUGGAAGAUUGACGUUGCUUAAGAGUACAUUAUCUAAUUUUCCUACUUACUUUUUAUCCCUUUUUACUAUUCCUACACAUGUGGCUAAUAAAAUUGAGAGGUUGCAAAGGGAUUUCUUGUAG